AAUAAACAAAAUCAGCGUUCUGAAAAACAAUAAUCUAUUUAUAUUUAUUUAGGCCAUCCAUUUCACGCCUAGGUACUAUCGUGAGUUGCAAAAAAGUGCGUUUGUGUACGGAAGUUAUCUUCAUAGUGGUACACUAAUCGGUAAAUAUCAAUCAGGCAUCCCACCGCUCCACUCAUUAGGAGCGAUCAUUUGGCUGCCGGUAGUUCAGCAGGUUAGUUGGUUGCACACAUUGCGAAAGAAGAGAAAACUGACACCACAGUGCUGUUCAUCGAUUCCCCAGGAAGGUGCCUCGAGUGCAUAAAUAGUUAUGAGGAAACUAUUCCACAAAAAAGGAAGUUUGAUUCUCAAAGAGAAACCAUUCGCCUGUGUGUUACAAUCGCGGUACCGUGCCGAACGUUGCGAUAGGUGUUUUAAACAGGGCAAAGUUCUGAAAUGUUCCAACUGCCUGUACGUGCGAUACUGUAACCGAUUUUGCCAGAAAGAGGCAUGGCCAGACCACCAAGAUGAAUGUGGCAAGCUGAAGGCCAUAGGAGCCAGCACUGUACCAGAUGCAGCCCUAAUGAUGUCUCGCAUAAUCCGGAAGCUGCAGAAGGGGGGCGAUUUUCAGAAGGGUUACUACACCACUAAGUUCUAUCGACGUUUUAAAGAUCUAAUGACGCAUGAGGACAAUAUAAGGAAUGAUGCACAACGAAUGGAACAUUUUCAAUCAUUGUUGGUGGUUUUGCAAUCUUUAAUAGAAGAGACAGCUAUGCCAUGCAGUGCCGAGUUAUUGCAGAUAUUUGGGAAGAUGUGCAUCAACAGCUUUAACAUUCUGGACGACGAUAUGAACAGUAUUGGUACUGGAAUGUACCUGGGAACCUCAAUCAUCGAUCACAGCUGCAGUCCAAAUGCUGUGGCCACAUUCGACGGCAGCACUGUCCACGUGCGAUUGCUCGAAGACUAUCAGGGCAGUGAGGUGGACUUCUCGAAGGUUUUCAUUUCCUACAUUGACUUGAUGAACCCGGCAGACGAGCGGAAAGCGCGCCUCAGUGCACAGUACUAUUUCGAUUGCAAAUGCGAGCGAUGUCGAGACGAACAGGAACUGAAACUGAUGAAUGCCGGCGCUUGUCCGAACGUCGACUGCGACGAACCAAUAGCGAUGCUGGAUCGAGAGGUGAAAAAAUGUCCAAGCUGCGACACCGACAUCAAACAUUCCGCGAGGGAGAAAUUCCGGGAGGUCACCGACUUCACCUCGGCUCAGUUAGCUAAGAUGAAAAAUGUUGCUUAUUUGGACAUUUGUCAGUUGUGUUUGAGAAAACAGGAAAACAUUCUACACUACUACAACGCAUGGUACCUAAAGACACUGGAUCACGCUUUCGAAGGAGCUAUUAGUAUGGAGAAAUGGGAAGAUGCUAUCAACUAUGGUCUGCGACUGAAAGACGGAUUCAAGAAAUACAACGGCCCGUUUCAUCCAUUGUACGGGCUGCUUUUGUUGAAAGUAGGAAAGAUUCAGCUUUUAAGAAAGCUCGUCAAAGAAGCGCUGCAGAGUAUCAACGAUAGUGAGAAGAUUUUGCGAGUGACUCAUGGGGAGGAACACGAGUUGUAUAAACAUCAGCUGAUCCCACUGCUUUGCCAAGCGGCAAGUGAAUAUGAAAUGAUGGACAAAUAAUUAUUGUAAGCCGUUAAUAAGUAAACAAAUCAUAUACUAUUCGUUGAUGCGUUAAAUUUUGUUUAUACAGAAAAGUACAGUGCUUUUAAAACCAAACAAUAAAUAAAAGAAUGCGAGUCUCACUUUAA